AUGCCUCGAAAUGUGGCAAGCCCUCGGGGGGUUUAUCGUCUGUCCGCCUGCAUCCUCAUCUCGGGAUACGAGAAUCCCGAGAGGGCUCGCGAGCGGGCUGGCUUUGCAUUCGUGCAUGAUGUGGCCAUGAUUUUGCCGCCUCAGACAGUACGAGUAGUCUCCUCACGAAGAAACACGGCUACAAUUACUCCGUACAAGUAUAUUGCGCAGUACCAGAGCUCGUGGCCUCUUGAGACGCCGCUGGCCAUGUUCAAAUAUUCGGCUACAGGCCAAAGCUCCAAGCCCGAGCCCGAGCCCGAGCCCGAGCUCUCUCUUCACCUAGCGCGUGCCCGCGUCUGGAUUGGUAGCGAGAGAAGCUCAGAGCAUGUGCUCGUUAUUUGGGCGGGAAGCGAGAGUGCACAGCAAAAACCGCAAAGGAAAAUGCUUGCAUCUGCAAGUCGGAAAGCCUCACCAAGUCGCCUGCAAACCCCUCAAAACGCCACCCAUGCGCCCUCACCUGACCACCAUUGGCAUGCGAAGCCAGAUCGGCACCGGUUGACCAAAUUCCUGGGGUAG